GUCUACUUUAUACACUACUUUAAUCUUAUGCCUAUAGAUACCUUUUCUCAACCCCUUGGUCUCUUACACACACAGAACUACUCUCUUAUCUCACCCUCUAAAUUUCUCACUAUGUAUUAUAAUACACUCUUGUCAAGAUUAUGUCACACUGUGAGUAACUUUGUUUCUGUUAUUGAAAAAAAUACAUCCGUUCACUUGAAGCAACCUUGAACUAAUCAAAAAUCAAAUUGUCCAAUGGUUUAGCGAAUUAAUCCUUUUUUUGUUUUUUUGAAUACUGACCUAAUUAACAAUUGGAAAGAAUUUUUUACAUAAUACUUUAAUUUAUUUAUUCUGUCCACAAUCGAUUGGAUAUUUUUUUCUGUAUGUGUGCGUGAUCGGUUGUCGUUGAUACCAAAUACACGUUUUUCUCAUUCUCACAAAAGUAAUCAGCCGAUUCAGUUGUACACUUGUGAUACUUGAAAUCUGUGAUUAAUCUAUCAUCAGACAGUCAGAAGAAUCUAGUUGCUUGUUUCACACAAAUCUCAAUAUUGUUCACUUUCUUUAUGAUGAUCGGUUUUCUUUAUUGAUAAAAAUAAUAAUGGAUUUAUCCCAAUCUGCUCCAGCUGAUUAUCUGGAUGAAAUCAUGUCAACAACUGUCGAUGAUAAAGAUGAUAUUUCUAUUGAUGAAGCUACCUCAAUGUUACGUGCAGCAAGUCUUCGUGAACCUAUUGGUCAAACUGUUGCAGAUAACGCUGGCAAGAUAAAGCCUCAUUUAUUACAUCCUCGAGGAAUAGUAAUGUCAACGACAGCGAUUAAUGACAAUGAAGGUGAUGAUGAUGAUGAGGAGGAGGAAAAGUAUUCUUCAGUUGGCUAUUCACAACGACCGUCUACUACUGCUGCUGGCCUAUCGUGUUCUGCAGAUGAACGAAUUAUAUACGGUAUUGAUCAUCGGCAGGCUGCUGAAAAUGCAAUCCCAAGACAUUAUCGUGCAAAAACUCUACCAGCUAAAAAGGUAGAUGAAUUAAAACUUCCAACUGUUUUUCGAUGGAAUGGUGGCGGUAAAGAGAUAUAUAUUAGCGGGACUUUUAAUAACUGGAAGAAAAAAAUUCCUAUGGUGAAAAGAAAUUCAGGAGUUUAUGUCAUUGUUGACUGUCAACCUGGUACACAUCAAUACAAGUAUUAUAUUGAUGGAGCAUGGUAUCAUGAUCCAACUAAACCAACUGUAGAUAAUGAAUAUGGUACAAAAAAUAAUGUUGUAUGCGUUAGUGAAUCAGAUUUCGAUGUUUUGCAUGCAUUAGAACAAGAUCAAGCGUGUAGCCGAAAACGUUCGGAUAGUUCUGAUUCUACUGAAGUGGAUAGCUUAGGUCAUUCACCACCAGGAGAAUAUGGUCGUUUCAUGCCUGCUAGUCUUGGUGAAUUACAACACCGGACAAGGACAAGAGAAACUCGGCAUCAUUCAAUUACUCCAGGUGUUGGUACACUUCCUCAACCACCCUUACUACCACCACAUUUAUUACAGGGGAUUUUGAAUAUGGACACGAAUCUUCAUUGUGAUCCUAAUUUGCUUCCUCAACCAAAUCAUGUAAUUGUCAAUCAUUUAUACGCUCUUUCAAUAAAAGAUGGCGUCAUUGUCCUCAGCGUCAUAACUCGCUUCCGACAGAAGUUUGUAUCUACUCUAUUUUACAGACCUAUUGAAAGAUAAGUGCACACUUCACGGCAGAUGUGUCUUCUAUACAUAUACAAUCUCUAUCUCAGGGAUCCAUCUACGCGUUUAUAUCAUCGGGUUAUUUCUACUGCGAUAUAUACAUAUAUAUUUGAAAUUUGUGCCUAGAGCCCGUUUGUAUAAACCUUUUAAAACUGUAUUCGCUUUUUACUUCAUAUGGCUCCCCACCCCACUU